AGUCUCAUUUCUGAUCAAGUUGUUUGCGCAUGUGCGUACCAAAUCGUAGAACAAAAUGUCGUUUUCGUAGGCUUCCUUCCUUUUGACGUCGUACUUCACAAUAGUCGUUGUGUUGAUUAAAUAAACUUAAAAAAUGGGUCGUAUGCACGCACCUGGAAAGGGUAUUGCCCAAUCAGCCCUGCCAUACAGACGUAGCGUCCCAACAUGGCUUAAAGUUACUCCUGAGGAGGUCAAAGAACACAUUUUCAAACUUGGAAAGAAAGGCUUGACCCCAUCUCAAAUUGGUGUAAUCCUCAGGGAUUCCUAUGGUGUUGCACAAGUCAGGUUUGUUUCUGGUAACAAAAUUUUGCGUCUCAUGAAAGCCAUGGGACUUGCUCCUGACCUACCAGAAGACUUGUACUACCUCAUCAAGAAGGCCGUAGCUAUCCGCAAGCAUUUGGAACGUAACAGGAAAGACAAGGACAGCAAAUUCCGUCUUAUUUUGGUAGAAUCCAGAAUCCACCGUUUGGCCAGAUACUACAAGACCAAGAGCGUAUUGCCACCAACAUGGAAAUACGAAUCUAGCACCGCUUCCGCCCUGGUGGCUUAAGUUAAGAUAUAAUGUUUUAUAACAAUAAACAAAAACACAUCAA